AUGGCCCGUUAUUCAACACGUUCUGCUAACGUUGUUGCAAAAAACAAGAAGAAAAACUACAAUUCUGUAGAAAUAAGUGAUGAGAGUAGCGAUUGCUCUUCGGAGUCGUCACUUGAUGAUAGUAUUAUUGUAUCCGAUGAAGAGGAAGAAGCUACAAAUGUAAGAAAUGAUGAAGAGGAAGAAGAAGAAUAUGAGAGUGAUGAAGAGGAAGUUGACAAUGUGGAAACUAAUGAUGAGGAGGGUGAUUCUAUGAUAAAACCAAUUUUAAUUGAUGAUGAUGAAGAAGAAGAAAUUGUCCAACUCUCUCCAGCACAUCAGUUAGACCUUGAUGAUGAUGAUGUUGUGGUUGUGACUGGUUUAAAUACACCAAAGACACCUUCCCAAGAUGAUAAUACUAUCACACAACAUGAAGAAGAAGAAUCCAAUUCUAAUAGAAUGCACGAUGAUAUCACGCAUGAAAUGGGAGGAUUAGAUAGACCAGAGCUUGAAGAAGUACUGGCAGAAGCUAAUCAAUUACCAUCUGAUCAUGAAGAUGAUCAAUUCACAACACUUCCACCAAACAUUAUAAUUCCUCAACAAACAUUUAACAACUCAAAAACCUCAUCAUCAAAUCAAUACCCCUCCAAUUCCUCACCAUCUUCCUCAAAUUCUAGUAAGGAAAUCUUCUCUUCAACCUCAUCAACUCCUAAUGUAAUCAAUAAUUCCACCACUCCUACUACUAACAGUUUCAACUCAUCAGAGAAGAAAACCAACAAUGAUUGCACAUUGGAUUUACCUCCAAACUCUAAAAAAACAUCAAUGACACCUCCAAGAGAAAUUCUCAUGCCAGAUGAAACUCAACACUCACAAACUCCACACUCAAAUAUUAUUCCACAAUCUCCUCAUCCAUCACCAUAUACUCCUUCCUGUACAAUAUUCAAUUCACCAAUAACUUCACCAUCAUCAUCUCAAUAUUCCCUUAAUAAUUCCCAAUAUUCCCCUCAAUCCCUUCCAACUCAUCUCAAUAGUAAUAGUCAAACUGAAUCAUUAAUUCAAUCCCGAAAGAGUUUACCCUCAAUUAGUUUCGGCCUCUCAGAAAUAUUCAAGAGUAGAACUAUGACUCCAAUUCAAUAUAGAAGAGAUAGCCAACAAUUAGAUUAUCAAGAUGAUGACGAAAAGAAAGAGGAAGAUGAUGAAUUAUGGCCAGAAAUUAAUAAUUCAUUUAUACACAAGGCCAAAACAUCAAGUAGUGAAAGAAGAGUUGUUCGUCAUCCUUCCUUGGAAAAACAAUUUGAAAAGGAACAAAAACAACAAAGAGAACUAAAGAGGAAUCUGAAAAAGAGAGUAGAAACCGAUGCAUGGGAUCCAAAUAUUCAUUCGGAUUCAAAAAGAAAAAAGAAAAAGACUAAAAAAUAA